AUGCUACUAUUUUCGAAGCGGAUAAUUAUUGCACAUGCAUAUCACCGGGGUAUAGUUACUCGCGUGGUUGGAGGACAACCAACAAGUGUUAUAAAAUAUCCAUUCAUGGUAUCUCUGCAAAAAAAGGCCUUCGGACACAUUUGCGGAGGAACAUAUCUGCACGGUAUCAAUGUUCUUUCAGCCGCCCAUUGCUUUAUCGCUCAUGGAGAAGUGGACUUCAGGGUCGAAAAUCCGCUGUUAUUCAUAGCGAUUGCUGGUGCAUCUGAUGUAAAUUCGUUGUACGUUCCAAGUAUGCAAAUCCGAUUAGUGGUCCAUAUCGAAGUGCAUCCGCGUUAUAAUAAUACCUCGAAAUUCAACGACAUCGCAUUAAUCCGAUUAGACAGGGCAUUUACGCCGGCAAAGGAAGUACUUCCUGUUGCGCUCGGACCGGUCAGCAUUGUCAACGAAUUGCUGUUGAGGUCCUCGAACGCUACUGCUGACCCUGCCAUAUUCUGUCAAGUACUUGGCUGGGGAUAUCUUCAAGAGGCCUCACCAGUAAGUAUGCGAAACGUAAAUGUACAAACGUCAUUUUCGGUUGCCUCGGCUGCACGAUGGGUUAUUAGACACUUUGUAAUGAAAGGGAUGCAGUUCUACUUGAUGUACUUGCAGUAG